AUGGCUGAUUGGGUAGCUGCAUUUGCGGUUGGGCUCAUUUCUCACAACCAAGGCAAUUCAAGUGCUCAUGUAGUAGAAGUAGAUGAAGGACUUCAAGCAUUUUGGGCCUCAUUUCUCUUACUACAUCUUGGCGGUCCAGACACCAUCACUGCCUUUUCUCUCGAGGACAGUUCACUUUGGCCACGGCAUCUGCUCAGUCUCAUCUUCCAAGUCUACACUGCCAUCUAUGUCUUUGUGCGGAUAUUUCCUAGCGACAAGUCGCUAAUGAUCCCAACGAUUUUGGUGUUUCUUGCAGGGGUUAUAAAAAUUGUAGAGAGGACACUGGCACUUUAUCUCUCGAGCCUUCCAAGGGUUAGGGAAUCGACGCUUUUAGAAAAGGAGCUAAGAAUGGCCGAAGACUCACAAUUGCUUGAAGAACUCAAUGUUCUAGGGGAUGGACAUGGAUGUUCUGAUGAAGGAAGAGCAAAGCUUGAUGAGAGCAUUGUGAUAAAGCAUGCUUACCCAUUCUUUCAAAUCUUUAAGGUUUUCAUCGUAGAUCUCAUCUUCACAAAACAACAACGCGAAAUGAGCUGUGAAUAUUUUGCCAAAGUUUCUGCAAUGGAUGCGUUGAGAGUGAUAUCAGUCGAACUUGAUUUCAUUUAUGAAAAGCUCCACACAAAAGCAUUGACAAUACGUCACAAGUGGAGCUACAUUUUCCGCAUCAUAACUUGCACUAGUGUUGCAGUGGCUUUGGGCCAGUUCAAUCGCUUGAAGAAGUAUGGACUCCUCGAGCUUGAUGUGAAAAUUACUCAUGUCCUUCUUUUCGGAGGGAUUAUUCUUGAUGGGAUAGCUCUGUUGAUGCUCAUUUUCUCCGAUUGGACUAUUGCCAGAAUCAAGUAUAACACCACAUGGUCAUCUAAACUAGAUUUAUUUCUCCACAAGUUGGUAUCCACCAUGGAUUACCUGAGGAAGCCUCGAUACGCCACAUGUGAAGUAGAACCUAACACCAAUGUUACUUACGAGGUCUUAGAUACACCAUUAAUAUUUCUAAGGUGGUCAGAAUCUAUCUCUGCUUGCAACCUAUUUUCUGAGGCAUUGAAGGAGAGUCCAAGAAAGAUAUGUAAAUGCAAUCAGUUCUGGGGCAUCAUCAUUAUUAAAAAUAUUUGCAGUUUGCCAUUUCAAAUGGUUGACAAGAUCAUCUCUUGUGUCCAUCAAGCUGGUCAGACAAUUGAAAGAUUCUGUGGUAAAAGAUCAAUGAUUGUGAAUGCGAAGUAUGUGUCCAAGAAUCACUUUAUUAAGAAGCUAUGGAUUAUUAUCUUUAACGAGGUGAAAGAAAAAUCUAGGGGAUUGGAUAAUCCAGAAAAGGUGAGGCAUAUAGUUAAGACUAGUGGUAAUCUGUUUUUCCCGCGUAAAUUGUUGUCGAGAAAUCUCGAUGAAGUUGUAGAGCAUAUCACCAAGGCUAAUUUCCAUAUCGAUAUUAUAAGGUUGCAUAUUGCUACCGAAAUUUGGUAUAACAUAGAGAUAUCCAUUGGAAGAAAUGAUGAAAGGGAGUUUAGCAAGAUCUUGUCUGAUUAUAUGUUAUAUCUUUUACUUAAUCAGCCUACUGUUAUGUCCACUGUGGCGGCGGUGGGUAUUGCCCAAAUGAUAUCAUCAGAGACGCUUCGCGAGCUUCGGGACCGCAUUAUCAGUGAUGUGACCAAGGAUCCGGAAGGGAUGUGCAAAAAAUUGUACAAUACAGUGGGCUUUCGAGCAAGGGCCGUGUUGGGUGGUAAUUACCAUUCGGAAUCCUUACUCAACGAAGGGGUCCAUUUGGCCCACGAAAUGGAAGAUCUUGGGAAAAUGAAGUGGAAUUUCAUGAGCCAAGCGUGGCUUGGGAUGUUGCUAUAUGCAGCAGUUAAUAUUAAGGGAGAGGCACAUGUGCAGGUGCUGAGCAAAGGUGGAGAGCUUCUUACCUUUAUUUGGCUGUUAAUGGCUCAUUUCGGUUGCUUCUACAAACCUGAAUGGGGCAUGUAUUACGAAUUCUGGGAUGAGUGGGGUGAGUAUCUACGUUCGCAAUCUGAUGAAUAA